AUGAAACAGUUCAUAGAAGAUGGACAUAAGCACCAUUUCAAUGGAGACGGCCACAUUCAUGAGUUCAACGAUGAUGGACACGUUCUUCAUUUUAAUGGGGAUGGACAUACGCAUCAGCUGAACAACAACGUUCGCAGUUUCAGUAGAAAUGGGUACGCUCGGAAACUCAACAACGACAAUCAUAACCAUCACUUCAACGGAGAUGGGGACAAUCAUCAGUUCAACGACAACGGCCAUGUUCUCCAUUUCAACAAAGACGGACAUCUCCAUUCGUUGAACGAUGAGCUACUGAUCAAUGGAAAUUCUGGAGGUAACAACCAACGUCAACUAUCGGGUGCGUUCUUAUUCCCACCUUCCAAGUCUUUGAAUCAUAUUGUUAAUGCUCCACUCGACGAUGAUGAUCUAAGCCUCGUCCAGGAAACUUUCCAAGAUCAGACUAUCAACAAGACUGGACAACUUCGGUAUUCGGCCCUUCCAAUCGUCGAAAAAGCUCUGAUCAAGGAUAUCGUUCGCAUCAUUCUGAAAGACGAGGAAUACAUGAUUCUACUCAGCAAUCCAUCGUUCCCAGAAGUUGUGAAAAUGGUGAGAACAAUGUUGAGAAAACCGAUUCAAGACGUAUUGCAACAACAAAUCUGGAACAAAGUCCUUGCCAUCGAAGCCUAUUAUAAGAAGUUCUACCAACCGUUGAAUAAUCCUGAGAACAAACGCGAAUCAAUGAAUUUUCUCACUCAUUUGAAAGAAGCGUCUGAUGAACACAAAUUGACUGUGGAUGACACUGUGAAGCUAAAUGAGAAAAUGGAAAUUCUAGCCUUUCUGAUCCAAGAGAAGGAAUUCAAUCAGAGAAUCUCUGAUUUGGAAGCGACUAUCAAGGAAGAAGGUGAAGCUUUCAAAGAAAAACAUUACUCUCGGAAAAAUGCUAUCAACAAGAAUUCUUCUACUACUGCAUCCACUCCGGUUACUGUGAACGUUACUACCGUCGAAGUCAUCGCCACUACAACGCCUUCAAACGCCAGCACCACUGAUACUUCAGUAACUUCAUCAUACAACACUUCUCUGCCGACUACUGAUGCCUCCCUGAUUUCCACGACUACCAACUCAACCACCACUGAAUCCAUCUACACAGGAACAAAUUCAACGGUCACUUCCAACACAACAUUCAAUCCGAUUUCUGCCGUUUUGAAUAUCACUACCACCGAAAUAACUCCAUCGACUAAUGUUACCAAGGACUCCAAAAAGGACGCUUCUUCUACCGGUUCUCCAAUUCGUCGGAACUUUGCCGAGAACUUCAAUCCGUACGUUGGAGGUGCACACUCCGAGAGAGACUCUUAUAAUCCAGAAGAAACCGAUGAAGGCGAUGAUUAUUAA